AUGAUUAACAAUCGACUAGCACAUCCUAGAUCUCCUAGUCUUGCUGUCCAGUCCUAUCUUCAGUAUCGCCGCAUCGGGCAAUCGGUGCGCAAGCAGUUUUCCGAGCAUCCAGAAUGGGCUGGUCGAAACAUCGCGAGGAACGAUGUCACUGCUGAUAAUGGCGAGAACAGCGACCCAGACCCAGAGAAACGAUCAGCACUGCGGCCAUUCUCUCUGCCCCCAGGAGUCUCACGGAGAGAGAUUGCUGGGACUAAUGGAUCGACCGAGACUCUAUUCAUUGUUGGCUGGCAGCACGACAACGACCCAGCAAACCCACACAACUACAGCAUGACGAGCCGAGUAACAGCCACACUGAUCGUCUCGGUACUCGCUUUCGCAGUUGGCGCGGCGUCUUCUAUUGAAUCGGCCGUGCUACCACAGAAUAGUGCAGCCUUCGGCGUCAGCGAAGUGGUCGCUUCACUUGCAACGGGAAUUUACCUGCUCGGAUUCGCCGCAGGUUCCCUCGUCUCUGGACCGUUGUCAGAGAUCCUUGGCCGCAAUGCCGUCUACAUCGGAUCUCUUACCCUUUUCAUGAUCUUUAUCAUGGCGAGCGGACUUGCUCCCAACAUUGGCGCACAACUAGCCUUUCGGUUUCUUGCCGGUGUAUUCGGUUGCCCUCCCCUUACGUGCGCUGGUGGCACGAUCGCGGACCUCUGGAAUCCCCUCGAGAAGACCAUUUACUUUCCCUUGUACGCCAUUCUGUCCUUCGGUGGCCCUGUCUUUGGCCCUGUGAUAUCAUCCUAUAUGGGCCAAGGCACGCUUUCCUGGCGCUGGACGAACUGGAUCAUGCUCAUCAUGUCGGGUCUUACCAUGGCCCUUGUCCUCCUCUUUCAACCAGAGACAUAUGGCCCAAUUCUGCUAAAAUGGAAGGCAGCGCACCUCCGAAAAGUUACCGGAGACAGGCGCUACAGGUCCGAAAUGGAUAUGCAGAAGCUCGCGCUUUUCUCGCGCAUCACUCAAGCAUGCGUCAGACAAUUCACGCUCACCGUCCACGAACCAAUUAUCUUGUUCAUCUCGCUUUACAUGACGGUCAUCUACAUCGUGCUGUUCACGUUCUUCGAUGGGUAUCCGUAUAUCUUCCAGGAGGUAUAUGAGAUUAGUCAGGGGCUGACGAAUAUCAUCUGGGUUGCUAUGUAUGUGGGAAUUGCGCUUGCCUCGCUCUGGGUACCUGUUGUCUACAUAUGGACCAAGAAGGAAUUCGCGGCAGCUUCCUCAUAUCCAGCCACGUCCUCGGCCGAGGCCGAUCAAAACGAAGGCUCUAGCUCCGACGACGAAAGCCCUAAAAAGGCACAUCCAACAAGACCCGAGAACAGACUUUGGUUCGCCAUGCUCGGAGCACCUUUCAUUCCAAUUGCACUCUUUUGGAUGGGAUGGACCGACUACCAAUCAAUCUCAAUCUGGUCCCCCAUCGUCGCUUCCGCUGUAUUCGGCUUCGGAACAAUCAACGUCUUCAUCUCGAGCUACAUGUACGUGAUCGACUCGUACGACGCCUAUGCUGCCUCGGCGCUCGGCUUCAUGACUGUCUCGAGAUAUUGCGCGGCGGGGGGAAUGACUGUUGUUGGGAUACCGUUUUAUUCGAACAUGGGUGUGCACUACACGUUGACGAUUCUGGGCUGCAUUAGUGUGGUCAUGACACCGCUGCCAUAUGUGUUUUGGAAGUAUGGGCAUAUUAUUCGGGGUUGGUCGAAGUUUGCUGUUAAUGCUUAG